CUUAUAAUAAUUAGUCACUAAUAUAAUAUCAAUCACUAACAAAUUAUUGCAAUAAUUAAAUCAAUAUAAAUGGAGGAUGAAUUUAGCGCUCGAAGAGAAGCCGAACGUGGACGCUUUAAAGAAAAGUUUUAUUUAAUUGCCAUUUAUCAAGGAAGAAUUGCUUAUUUACUAAUGUCUUUGUAUCUUCCCAAUACCCAAGUUCUAUCAAGAUAUACAACAGUGGAUUUUUCUAAAUAUUUAUUUCCAAAUAUGGUUUACGGUUUGGGAAUUAUGAUAUACACACGACCUUCUAUAAGCAUGAUCAGUCCUUUCCAUAAAUUAUCAUUUAGCUGUUUGGGAUCGCUAAUGCUUAACUAUGCAAGUUGCUUAAUGUACGACUGGUUAAAAGAGCACAUUUCCAACACAUAUAUUUUAUCAUUACUUGGAUUUGUUUCUGGACGAAUUGCUUUCGUUCAUUUUAUAGCUUUUCUGUAUCAUAUGGACUCCCGAACCAUAUAUCGGGGAAGAAGAAUUAUACGAGAUCCAGCUUUCGAAGUCAUGUAUAUAUAGGAUUGCUAGAUGUACAUUUUAUUAAAUAGAUCAUAUAAUUUUCCUCACAUUAUACACAUAACUACGUUAUAUAAUUGUUAAUUUAAAUUUAUAUUAAUUAAUCAAAUCAUAUAACAUUGGACAACUUCAACAAAAUAUAAAUUACUGAUCAGUUUCUUUAGAAAAAUCUG